UCCCACAUCUAGUGGAAUAAACUCGGGGUCCUGAAGUCUCCACUCUCCGCACCACCGACUGCUACCAUGAGGAUAAAUCAAAACAUCUUGCUGCUGGGAAAGAAAGUGGUCCUGGUCCCCUACACCUCCAAGCAUGUACCCAGGUACCACGAGUGGAUGAAGUCGGAGGAGCUGCAGCGCCUGACCGCGUCAGAGCCGCUGAGCCUUGAGCAGGAGUACGCGAUGCAGCGCAGCUGGCGGGACGAUGCAGACAAGUGCACGUUCAUUGUGCUGGAUGCAGAGAUGUGGCAGGCCCAGCCGCGGCCCCCGGAAGAGAAGUGCAUGAUAGGAGACGUCAAUCUCUUCCUCACCGACCCGGGGGACCCGGCCUUGGGGGAGAUCGAGGUCAUGAUUGCGGAGGCCGCCUGCAGGGGUCGGGGCUGUGGCACCGAGGCGGUGCUCAUGAUGCUGUCUUAUGGAGCGACCAAGCUCGGCCUGACCACGUUUGAAGCCAAAAUUGGGCAAGAAAACGAAGCCAGUAUCCGGCUGUUCCGAAAACUUCACUUCGAGCAGGUGGCCGAGAGCAGCGUGUUCCAGGAGGUGACGCUGCGACUGCGGAUGAGCCCGCCUGAGCAACAGUGGCUGCAGGAACAGACCUGCCACGUGCAGGAGCAGCCCUACCGCGAGGGGGCACUAGAGCCCCGCUGACCGCGGCCCUGGACCAACCACCCGCG